UAUGAGCAAGAAUGAAUUAGCGGGAGUCUAAUCUUAUCUUAUGUUUUGACAAUUGUUUUUCAUUUAAUUGGUGAUUAUUUUUUUAAUUCGAUUUCACAAUUUUCAAAAUCACCUUUUUCAACCCUUUUGUAUCCUAAAGUCAACCCCUAAUCUUCAUUUUUUCAUCUAAAAAGGGUCCUACUUUUUGUAUCUUGUGUUCUCUCCUUUUCUCUUUGUUCUUCCUCAUCUACUUUUCCCUUUCUGGUUUCUUUAUUUAUCAUCUUACUUUUAAUUAAUACUAUGUGCUCAGUUCAUAUCAAACGUAAGCUUAACACGGGUGAUUCUGGAGAUGAACCUCAAACGGUUGACCAUGGAAAAAGGAGAAAAAACAUCGGUAGAUCGACUGGUAAAAGUACUGACCCUUUUGUCUCUGUGGAAAGAGCCCAGUUAACACCUCAACAACGUAGAUCCCUUGGAUUACAUAAUAUUGAAUCUGUUUCAACUACCCCCGUUAGUGCUGAAAGGAAUCCUCUUCGAAUCAGAGAAGCCAUUACUGGCCCUAGAAAUACUUUUGGUACUCCUCUUGGAAGAAACUCUCCAAGGCCAGGAACUCCAUUAAGCAGACGCUCAGCUGCACCUGAAGAAGAAGUUACCGCUGUUUACACUGAGUGUAUUAAGUUAUCUGCGGCUAAUAAAAUCAACAGUAAAAAUGCUUUCGGAUUACGGUUAAUCGAUUGUAUGAGCCAUUUAAUCAGACAGAAACCCAAUGAAAAAAUAAACUUUAAACUUGUCAGCAGUGCUUUGGAUGCUGGAGCCAAAAUUUAUGGCCAUCGUGUUGAUUGUGUCCAAGCUGAAGCUCAAAAAGUUGCAUCAGGUUUGGUUAUUGCUUUGGAUAAAGAUAAAUCGAAAGAAGGAGAAGAUAACGAAGGUGAUUUAGAUGGAGAUGAAGUCAACGAUGAUGGUGAAACUAGACCUAAAAGAAGAAAAGUUGGUAGAAAAACCGUCAAAACUAUAGCAACCAAUAUUGAAAGCUUGAAUACUGCAAAAGUUGAAUGUAAUACUCCACCUGAUCCAUUGUUUUCCUUACUUUCAUCUUCUUUUGAUGUUGGUAAUGUAAAUGGUCUUCUUAUGUCAAAUCUGUGCUUGAAUGAAGAUGGUUUACUACUGUUAAACCCAACCGAAAUAACCUCUACUGAUAGUCAAACUCAUGACGUUAAAUUGGAUCGAUCAUUAAUUGAUGGAAUUUUGAACCAAAGACCACAGAUUGUACCCCAAUUAUCUAAAUUUGAGUUUCUGUCUCGCGGUGAAGACUUGGACAACUCAAUUUCUACUCUAAGAGCGGGAACCCAAACACAAGAUAAAUUGAGUUUCGCAUUAGACGCUGGAAUUUCUCAUUCACAGCCCUUUGAAGCUUCUUUGGAACCUUUGGACAAUGAUGAUCACCAUGAUCCUGGUGGUUUCUUUGAUCACGAUUCAGUCAGAUCCGAUGGUGAAGAGGAUGGCUUGGAAAAGACUGUGAUUGAAAAUAAUUAUAGUCAAUCAUUAAAUAAUCAAUAUUUAAUGCGUACCGUUGACUCAGAUGGUUUUGAUAAAUUAGUUAAAGCCUUAUCUGAUGAACCAUCUGAAUAUACUUAUUUCAAUAAGGAACUUCUAGGAGUAUGGGCUGGCCCUGAACACUGGAAGUUGAAUCCCUUGGCCAAACGUGGGGCUAAGAAAACGCAAGCUUUGGCAGCUCCAAAAAGUGCACGAAAACCCAAGAACCAAUUUUCUGAAAUCGAUUUCAAGCAAACUCUUCCUGCCGAGGAAGAUGGUAGCACAGAUACACAAUUAAAAUUCUCAACUCUGUCCAAUUGGACUGAAAGACUUUUACCCAGUGACGUUUCUUACGAGCCAAUAAGAUUGAUCAAACCUUUCCUUAAAGAAGGUACAACAUUUAGCAUCUUAAGAAGAACAGGAAUCGAUCCUAAUAAAAAUGAUGAACCUUCAAUCAUGAACGAUAAUUGUUCAGAUGGAAGGUCUUCCCCUGGCUUGGAUGCUGGUAUGGAUAAUCACUAUGACGAUGAGUUCCCGCCAACUCAAGAAUGUUUCUCAACUCAAGCUUUUAAUGCACCAUUUUCUGGAGACAACCUUGUUGAUGAACCAUUUGCUGUAUCAUCAACGGCUUUACCAUUUUCAACACAUGCCAAAAAAAUUGACGUGAAAAGAUUAAAACAAGAAAUGUGGACUAUUGUAACUAGUGAUAUUGUAAAUAAAACUCCCGAGUCUUCGCAAAACAAAGAACCAUCUACAAACAAUGACCAAGAGCCUAGUACAGAAUCAACGGCUAAUUUAAGCUCUUCCGAUAAUGUGGAAAGUUCUGAAGUGUGUCAUUCUAAUAGUCUGGAGCAAGACUUAACCUUCUCUAAUAUGUACAAAAAGCUACCUGAUAGAGUCGGAACUUCUAUGGCAAAUAAUCUGAGUGUGCCAAUAGCUUUUGUAGCACUUCUACAUUUAACUAACGAGAAGAAUCUACAAUUGCAAGGCAAACCAGAUUUAUCGGAUUUCAUUAUAACUCCCGAGUCAAUGGAAUGUUCAUAAAAAGAUAUUUUUCUUGUAAAUACGGUUAAAUCGGACUAUUUCUUUCUCAUCAAAAUAUUGUAAAAAGUGUUAUCAUAUUGUUUUCAUCUUCUAUCAUGACUAUUCACGUACAACAUACACAUUCAUCAUCAACAGUCCCCUCUACCCUAUUAAUUAUUAUAAAGAUUAGAAUUUAUAUUAUAUAAGGAGUUAUUGACAUAAGCGAAAUUUAAUAGACCCUCAAAAUUUUGAUUAAAAGUUGUAGCAAAGGCUCAGAAUUGUUGAAUCACUAAAUCAAUUAAAAAAAUUCGACUUAUUU